AUGUCUCGGGUGGAGUUCCCGAUGGUGGAGGACAGCUUCACCCGCUUCCCGUCCCAGAGCAACAUGUACGGGCUGUGUCAGGCCGGAGAGCAGCAGCUUCUGGCCGCCACCCUAAAGGGGAAGGUGGUGUGUUUCAGGUACCAUGUGCUGCAGAGGACGGUUCGCCCUGUGGCCAAAGAAGUGCAGUUCACCUACAUCCCAGUUGAUGCUGAAAUUGUGUCUAUCGAUGCAUUCCACAAGUCUUCUCCAAAGCGAGGUCUGGUGGUCGGGAUCACAUUCAUAAAGGACUCCGGGGACAAAGCCACUCCCUUCCUGAAUAUCUACUGCGACUACGAGCCCGGGUCGGAGUUCAACCUGGAGUCCAUCGCCCAGAGCUGCCUCAAUCUGGAGCUGCAGUUUACACCCUUCCAGCUCUACCACACCGAAGUGCAGUGUGAUGAUGGAGCCAAAGAGACAGUGUUUCUGCUCAGCGGUCACGACCAGAGGAUCCACCUUUACAAAGAGAACGCCUCCCUGCACCAGUUUGAGGAGCAGCCCGUGGAGAGGCUCUUCCCUGAACUGCAACAGCUGCCCAGCAACGUGUUGUGGUUGGACAUGCGGAGUCUGGCCUCGGGUCGGCGCCUCUCUGCGUUCGGCUGUCAGAGCGGCUGCGUAGGACUCGCCCUCGUGAACCAGACCGGACCAGAGGUUUUGCAGAGCUGGCGUGUCCAGUUUGACAGUCCAAUUUCUACAGUGCUGCUCUUUCCAGUCAGCUGUAAUAAUGCCUCUGGUGAGAUAAGACAUGAAAUGAGUGGGUACAACCUUUUGGUCACCAGCACCAUAGAGAUAGCAGUAGUCUACAGAGAUGUGGAGCAGCACGGCCUGACGCUCACCAUGUGUCUCCCAGAAAGUGAUCAGUGGGACGCUGUUCUGAGCGCUCUCGUCAUCGACCUGGAUUUUGAUGGACAGAAAGAAGUGCUGCUGGGAACGUAUGGACAGGAACUUCUUUGUUACAAAUACCAGGCAGCAGUGAGCGGAGGGGACGGGCAGUUUCAGCUGCAGUGGAGGCGGAGCUUUAAGAGUCCUCUACUGUCCAUCAUCUACUUAGACCUCACCGGAGACGGGAUGAAGGAGCUGGCCGUCCUCACUCUCAAGGGCCUGCAUGUUUUACAGCACAGCCUGACCUGCACCACGGCUCUGGUCUUGCAGCGCCUCUCCCAGCAGGUGUCAGAGCGAGCCCAGGCCGCACUCCCAGAGGGGGCCGAGCACACCGCUGAGGAGGCCACUCUGCAGACGUCUUCCAAUUAG